AUUAUAAGUACUUGACAACAGGCGAACAUGGCCGUCGCUCGUACCUCUCGGGGAGGGGGCCGUCUGCUGUGCAAAGCAUCAUUCAUUACACCUGCUAGCGAAGAACUAGCUUGCUUAUUCACUGGAUUGCUUGAACUACAACCUUCACUAGUGCUAUAGGUAUCACCAUGUCGGAGCCAGCAUCGCAACCAGGAGCUCCCGCAGACGGGGCCCAGAAGCAGGACUUCCCAGCCAACGAGAAGAGUGUCGCAAAGGAGAUUGAGAAGAAGAUGCCGGUUCAGGUCAAAAGCAGUCUCGCAGGACCAGACCGCGUGAUUCUGCGCUUGAACAAGCUGCUCGCGUCUCCAGGCGGUUUGAGCUCUUUCCUCUCGACCUUCAACUAUACUCUCUAUCUCCUCGCACAUCUCGAUGCCAAAGCAGCACCGCUCAAGGCCAAGCUGUACCUCUUUCUCAACCGCCAUGCCAGCACCGCGUCGAAGCUGACCCCGCCCGUGUCCACGGACCCAUCUCCCAUUGCUGCGCUGGGCUCGCUCCUCUCUGCAACACGAACGACGCUUCGCCUGUUUGGCCUGCUCCCAAUGUACGCCUGGGCGCGUCAACUAGCACAAGGUCCCAAGCCGGGCCAGGAUAGCGUCCUCUAUGCGACCGCAGUGACGCAGUGUGUGCUUUACAUCGCUUUCCAGCUUUUCGAGAACGUGGCACUCUUGACGGACAGCAAGAUCCUGCCCGGAUCUCUGACGGCGCGGUGGACGGAAAAGCACGGAGGGAAGGCUGCUGCCAUUUAUCUCGCAUCAUACAGGGCUUGGUUCUUGGGAUUCUGCUGCGACUUUAUUCGAUUGUUCAGAGAGGCACAGCUGGAAAGGAACAAGAGGGAUGCCCGCAGCUCUGUGGAAAAGAGCUACGGAAGCGUGGCCAAGGAGGAUGCGAAGAAGGAUGCGCAGUGGUGGUCGGAGUUCAUUGUGCCGUUGGCUUGGUUCCCAGUGGGCUGGCACUUCGCAGCCUGGAACGAGACUGGCUUUCCGGGCUUCAACCUGGGGCUCAUGGGAGCUGCAGGUGCCAUCGCCGGGCUGGGUAAGACCAAGGCUCUGUGGGAUGCGACUGCGGAUGUUUAGGAACCACAAGCGGAAGUGUGGAAUAGGUUUGAGGAGGGGCAUGUGUGGAGUACUGGCCACGCCGAGGAAAAGUUUGAGAAUUGACUAGGUACGAAUGAGGUUGUGUACAUUGCUAUUUGUCAUGUUGUUGGGCAGUGGAUGUAGUAGUAUACCUGUGUGUAGUGAGAUUCAGAUUGAUAACAAUGAACCCUGCCACAUGGAAGAAA